GCGGAGCUGCCGCCCGGCCCGGCCCGGCCCCGUCGGGCUCCGCCGGCCCCUUCCGAGGGGGAGGCGCCGGGGCCGGGGCCACGCUCGGCUCCGCCGCCCCACGGGGCCGCCCGGCUCGGCCGCCCGCCGAGCCACCCGCUGCCAUGCCAGUGACGGUGACCUUGGCCGGCCCGGCCCCUUGGGGCUUCCGCAUCACCGGGGGAAGAGACUUUGGGAAGCCCAUCACCGUCUCCAAGGUGACGGAGCACGGGAAGGCGGCUGCGGGUGGCCUCCGGCUGGGGGACAUCAUCGUCAGCAUCAACGGGGAGAGCGCAGCCGAGAUGCUCAACGUGGAGGCGCAGAAUAAGAUCAAGCAGAGCCCUGGGCAGCUCCAGCUGCAGGUGGAGAGGUCCCCGAUGCCACCUCCCAGCCACAUGAACGGGGACACCUCACCGGAGAGGCUGGCUGCACGCUUUCAGGAUGGGCUGCGGAUGCAGGAGGAGAGCCAGGGCACCCCGAGAGCCUCCUACUCCAGCCCAGCAUCCCUCAGCCGCCCGCUCAGACGCAGCAGCUCACAGCCCCUGGAGGAGGAGUUCGCCUGUCCCAGCCUCUGCCAGAAGCGAGGAAGCCUGAGCCACCAGAACAGCCCCCCGGGGUCGGUCCUGCCUGUACCCCCCUGCCCACUCUCACCGGGGCUUGGGGUCCCCCCGACCCCCUGGGAGACAUGCAGGGAGCAGCACCGCUCUGGGCCCUCUCCCAGCCCCUGCAACAGCCUGGGUUCGGAGCCGGCCAUGCGGCGCUUGGAGGAGGAUUCCGAGGUCUACAAGAUGCUGCAGGAGAACCGGGAGCUGCGGGCGGCCCCACGGCAGUCCAGCACCUUCCUCAUGCUGCAGGAGGCCCUGGAGGACGAGGGCGGAGCUGGACUUACAGCCCCUUUUCCCAGCCGGCUCUCACCCAGCACCCGCAAGCCCGUGGCCGGUGUCCAGAAGCUGCACGUCUGCGAGAAGUGCGGCAGCACCAUCGCGACACAGGCAGUGCGGAUCCAGGACGGCCGCUACCGGCACCCAUCCUGCUACGCCUGUGCCGACUGUGGUCUCAACUUGAAGAUGCGGGGUCACUUCUGGGUGGGCGAUGAGCUGUACUGCGAGAAGCACGCCCGCCUGCGCUACCAGGGCACUCUGGGGGGGCCCGCCACCCCCCCUGUAUCCCCCCACUCCUGAACCCCAGGCACUGGCACAUUGCAAUGGGGACCUUGCCGCCCGCAUCCCCCCCAUGUCCCAGGGGGGCAGCAUGCACCCCGUCCCCCUCCCCAGAAUGCCCCCCCAGCCCCGCUGCUUUGGUAGCGUGGGGGUCUGUGGGAGGGGAGGCGUUGGGCUGGGGCUGUGGGCAUCACCAGGCUGUGGAUGGAUGGGGGGGGGGACACACACACUGCAGCCGCCCACCUUUGCCCUUGCUGUGUCAGUGUGUGUGAUGAGCUGGGUUGGUUCUCAGCCUGCGCUGCAGCGGUUGCACAUGCCUGGGGACACAGCGGGGACACGGGGGGGGGGUGGGGGGGGGUGGGGUGUGCACAGGGACGCCAUCGCACUUAGGUACCGGAGAGGGGGCUGGCACCGCUUUGUACACUGACUGCAAAGAGCUUCUCUGAGAUAUUAAACCAGAUCUCUAUAUAAAUAUAAUA